UUCGAACCGUCGCGCGAGCCGGUCCGUAUCGUGCUCUUCGCGUCUUGCUGUGCGCUCUCUGGUCGUCGUGGUGAUUGUUCGUUUGCUUGCGUGGUUUCAAAUCCGGCCGGUGGUUGUUUUGGUGGUGUCUGCUUCCAGUGACCGUUCGUGCUGUGCGUGCCUGUGCAAAACGCGACGGAUUUGUGCAGUGCAUCCUUUCGUGCAGGACCGGGUGUACCGGCGUGUAUCCCGCUGUGCACGUGGCUGUGUGCGUGCGUGAAAGUGGUGUUUGUGUGCGUAUACGCAGGUGUAAACAAAACGUGUGCUACCUAAACAAAUGUGCGAGAUCAACGCAGCAUAGAAACAUAGCGGCGGCGAUCCGGUCGGGAAAAGCCGGUGUGGUGCGUUCGAGAUUCACUCAAUAAUGGUAGAUCGUCACCCGUGCCGUGCCGUCUGGGUGUGUUCCGGAUGAGGAGUGCACGAAACGAAGGAACCGGCCCCACGGAUCCAUCGGUGCCGGCGUCGUAGGUCACACUCAUUAGAGAUCGAUCCGGGUCUGCGGUGGCUAGUCGCCGGGAAUAGUGUCGGGUUUAGCGAGCAGAAAGCAGUGCAAAACGGUGCUGCUGUGCGCGGAAGGAAAUCUUGUGGUGCUUUAUCGCCAUCAACACGAUCAUUGACCCCGGAAAAUUGAGCGACACCAUCGAGGAAGCAUCGCCAGUCGACGCGUGAUUUUGGGUGUGCGUGUGCGUGUGUUUUUGUGCUUGUUGUGGCUGUUAACGAUCUUCAUUCUGUGGUGCCGCCUGUAGAUCGUGAUGAAAGGCAGACGAUACACACUGGCAAAAGGGCAGCAGUGAACCAUGACGUUCCCAUGGUGCAAGAUCUUCCACGCCGCCCGCUGCGUACUGUGCCAUAAAUCAGUUCUACAAUCCGUUGGUUUAUGAAACGUAAUUAGCUGUAAAAUGUGCAAAACGACGUGAUCGUGUGCAGCAUAAAAUACCCUCAAACCGUCCCCCUCAACCCGGGGUCUGGUGAGUGCAGUAAAUGAUCGGUGAAAGUGUGAUACUGUCUACCAGCCAACAGUUGGUCCGUCUCUUGGGUGUAGAUUUUUAAAACAAAAAGUGAACCAUCUAGUGAGAAAAGGAAGAAAAAAACCCUGCAUAAAACAGGCCAUGUUAGUGCUUCAAAGAGAGAUAAUUUUGCAGCGAAACACAUCCCAAAUGAUUGGGAUAAUACGCCCGACGCUUUUAGUGCACGACGUGUCGUAAGGUUUAUAGGGUGAAUCGUGAAUACUCCAAAGUAUUGAACUGUGAUAAUUUCGUGUGGUGCUGCAUUGGACGACGUCGUGUACCAAUCAGUUUACUGUGCAUCAUUCAAGUACUUCCCUGCGAAAGUUUCAAUCAACCGUUUUUGUAACGAUGAUGUUACGCUGUAAAUCAUUAGGCUUAAACAUGACUGCUGGCACAAGGCUAGGACAUCUCAGCAUGGCGCUUGGGAUUGGCUUCUUGUUGCUUGUGUUGAUAGCAGCCGUCGCGGUGGAAGCAGCUGCUGGGCACGAAGAGAGCGAAGCGACAGAUGCUGCCGGCAGUGUGGCACACCGUGACGUUCAGGCCGAUUGGCCAAACUAUCAGUAUCCGGAGCAGACGCAUCAGCAACGCCGCAACAGCCAUCGAGCCGGGCAUCACAAUGGCCGACGGCGCCACCAUCAGUAUCGGGUGACGAAGAACCGACGCGUCCGUGCACCGCAGGAUGGACGCGGACGGGUGAAGAAAAGUGGCACGGGUAGCGUUGCGGGUAAUCUGCUGGCACAGGAUACCGUUGGACAGCUACCGCUGGCCGAUCUAAGACAAACGCGUGAACGCAAGCCCAACAUCAUCCUGAUCCUCACCGACGAUCAGGACGUGGAGCUUGGUUCGCUAAACUUUAUGCCCCGUACGUUGCGUUUGCUGCGAGAUGGUGGUGCCGAGUUCCGGCACGCUUACACCACCACCCCGAUGUGCUGUCCGGCCCGUUCGUCCAUCCUGACCGGGAUGUACGUGCACAAUCAUAUGGUGUUUACGAACAAUGACAACUGUUCCAGCACCACCUGGCAGACUACGCACGAGACGCGCUCGUUUGCGACGUACCUGUCGAACGCGGGCUACCGGACCGGAUACUUUGGAAAGUAUCUGAACAAGUACAACGGAUCGUACAUACCGCCCGGGUGGCGUGAAUGGGGUGGACUGAUUAUGAACUCAAAGUACUACAACUAUAGUAUCAACAUGAAUGGGCAGAAGAUUAAGCACGGGUUCGACUAUGCGAAGGAUUACUAUCCGGAUUUGAUAGCGAACGAUUCGAUCGCAUUUCUGCGGCAGUCGAAGCAUCAGAACCACCGGAAACCGGUGCUGCUGGCGAUGAGCUUCCCGGCACCGCACGGCCCGGAAGACUCGGCACCGCAGUACAGUCAUCUGUUUUUCAACGUAACAACGCAUCACACGCCAGCGUACGAUCAUGCCCCGAACCCGGACAAGCAGUGGAUCCUUCGGGUAACACAACAAAUGGAACCCAUCCAUCGGAAGUUCACCGAUCUACUGAUGACCAAACGGCUGCAAACGCUUCAAAGUGUCGACGUUGCGGUGGAGCGUGUCUAUCAAGAGCUGAAAGCACUCGGCGAGCUGGACAACACCUACAUCAUCUACACGUCCGACCACGGCUACCAUCUCGGCCAGUUCGGACUGAUCAAGGGCAAAAGCUUUCCGUUCGAGUUUGACGUGCGUGUUCCGUUUCUUAUGCGCGGCCCGGGCAUCGAGCCGGCGACAGUUGUCGAUGAGAUCGUACUGAACGUCGAUCUGGCUCCAACGUUCCUCGAUAUUGGAGGUGUUGCACCGCCACCUCACAUGGAUGGGCGCAGUAUCUUACCGCUGGUGUUGAAUCGACACCGUUCCGUGCUGGACAAGUGGCCAGACACGUUUUUGAUCGAGAGUUCUGGUCGGCGGGAAACUCCGGAACAGAUCCAGGAACAGAAGCAACGCGCAGCGGCCGCACGGUACAGUGCACGCUUUAAUCUGGUGAACGGUAACGGAUCGCACCCGAAGCUCGUGCCGGAGGUGUUGGUCGAGAGUCGGCAGGCGUUCGGAGAAGGGACGAGUAGCAUCGCCAGUGUGACGACUGGAGGCAGUGAGCGUAAAGAGCUGGACUUUAGCUCCCAUGAGCACGACGAUGAUGAGGACGAACACGAUGUGGACGCAGAUGAUGAGGAUGAUCAUGUUGGUGCGGUUGAAAGUGAAACCGAACCCAUUGAGCUGAAGCACAACGAACAUCCGGAAGAUUAUGUGAUCGAUCACCAGGAGGCUCAUACAUUCGAUCAAGCACCACCGCAGCAUGACAAUCAUCAUUUGGAUAACCAUUUGACGCCCUACCGCACGAAGAUGGAUCGGCUCAACACGGAAUGCUCCAAUCCGGCGCUGCAGCAAAAUUGCGUCCCCGGGCAGAAGUGGCAGUGCACGAGUGAAGAUGGCCGCUGGCGGAAACACAAAUGUAAAUUCCACGGCCAGCUGCAGCAACAUUUGGCCGAAAUACACAAGAAAACCAACGGCUAUACGAACGGACGCAACUGUGCCUGCUUCACGCAGGAUAACUUUUUCUACACCAAAAUCAAAACCAAACGUGAUCACACGAAAUGGCAACCGAUGGGAACGGCUCAGCCGAUGGCAACGCACCAGCACAGGCGCAGACGUACCCGCCAGAAACGAUCGCUGGAUCCGGAAGAGGGCGAUGAAGUGUUGCUGCUGGAGGCGGAAGGACCAAUGAUGGAAUCGUUAAUUCAGAUAGCUGCACGUAUCGAUACGCUGGAGCGAUCACUGGACGAAGGUGAGCUUGGGGACGAGGAGAACCAGCGACAGGGAGCAGGGAGAAGCAAACGCGACACAUCUUCAGUACCGCCACCUCAUCUGGCUGAAGUAGUUCUUGAGCUGCAGCAAAUGUUAGCCGAAAUUGGACACGAGUACGAACAGAUGUCGAAGAUCGAGCAUAACGAUCAACACAAUGACACCACGGCUGAGGACGUGGAACCGUACGGUGGAGUAGCAAAACGAUGUUCCGUGAUUGCGGCCGAUAAAAUCAACUGUUCCAGUGUGACUAGCGAGGAUGAGCUCAGCUGGAGGCGAAGUCGCAUGAAGGUUGAUCGGCUGAUCCGCAUUCUGAAGGAGAAGAUUAAUGUGCUGAAGGACGUGAAGCGAUCGCUUCGCGAGCAUAAACCACCUGGCUACCGGGGAGAAGAUUCGGAGGACGCUGACGAGAAUGACGAUGACGAGUCAAUCGAUAGCAGCGUGGUGGUGGAUGAUUAUUCAACAGUUAGUACAGCGUUUGGUAGCAGCACCACCACCAGCUCCACUUCCACCACGCCGGUUGUUACCGAGUCUUCGGAAGCGGCCGCUACUCCGGUAAGCAGUAAUGCAUUGCCGAGGCGAGUACCUAAUGGUGGAAUAGUGCGUCGUCCAGCUGGAAAAUAUCACAAUGGGUAUGGGCAUCGUCGGAAGGUAUCGAGACCUACUCCCGUACCGGAACAGGAAGCGGAAGGACCGUUAAUUGAUAUGAGCCUCUUCCCGACCGACGUACAACCAUCACCGGCUGGUGCUCCGGCAUUCAAUCGCAGUGCCAGUGGCAGACAUCGGGGCUCGGGUGGCCAACAUCGUGGUCACCGUGGACGUCAUCGGGGAGAGGCUGGUGGGGCCGGUACACCGUACAGUGUACCCACGUCUGCAGUGAACUCUGCAGAAUCUAGCACACCGAGCAGUGAUAAACGGCCGGAAACUACGACCGAAGCUAAUGAAGUGUCGGGUAGCGUCCGCGAAGAUGGUUGGUCGACGACAGAAUCGAGUCGUGAAAUGGCAGGUUCGAGCACUAUCGAAAGCGUCCAAAAUCGAUCCUCUUCCAGUGAUGAACAGAUCUCGCCCAAUUCAAUCGAUGCGACGGUGGUGCUGGCAAGCACGACGACAGAACAGACGAAUACGGUAGACUUCCGGAGUACCAUCGAUCGGCAAAAGAUGCAUGGAAAGGUUCACGGUAAUGUGGUAAAUAAUACGCAGGAUUCAGAGCACAGCGAGAAUUCGGUGCAGGAGAAUGCGAUACCGACGCCAACGGUCGGUGCUACCCUCCCACCGACUGAGUGCUAUUGUGCGGCAGAAUCGGAAAGUCCGAUCCCCGAUGAGAAGGAACUGGCCCGCGAAGCUCGCCGUCGGCUGAAGGAGGAACGCCAGCGGAAAAAGGAGCGCAAACGCAUCAAGAAAGCCAAAAUGGAGAAGGAAUGUCUGUCGGAGCGGAUGAACUGUUUCAGCCACGACAGCAACCACUGGCGUACGGAACCAAUGUGGGACGAUAAACCGUUCUGUUUCUGCAUGAACGCGAACAACAAUACGUACAGCUGCCUGCGAACGAUCAACCAGACGCACAACUUCCUGUACUGCGAGUUCACCACCGGGCUCGUGACGUACUACAAUCUAAGGAUAGAUCCUUUCGAAACGCAAAACCGAGAAUCAUCGCUCACGGUGGAAGAGAAGGCAGUUCUGCAUGAAACCCUGGAGGAGAUGAAGCGUUGCCGAGGCAAAAGCUGCACAUUACCAAGACAUCAGCCAAAUGUGCUGCCGGAGAGCAACAUGCUACCUUCCGGUGUUGGGGUGGCUGGUGGUGGUGUUGGAAUGAUGGGUGGCCGCUCAAUAGGCGGAAUGCCUUACGGAGCUGGGACAGGUGGCAAUGGUAAUAGGCGAAAGUAUCACACCCAUCGUGACCAUGCAGCUCACGGAGCUGGUGCAUCGGGUGGUGUUGGACCUGCUAGUCAUUAUCCUGCCGAGUACGAGGGUGGAGUACAUCUGGCUGGAGCUGCCGCACCGGGAGCAAACUCGAAGAAGAAGAACAAAAAUUGGAAAAGAAAACAUCACCAGCAGCAGCAGCACAACCGGAGACAGUUUACCGACCCAAUAGGAUCGCAGUCGGCGGACAGUGAUAUCGUACCGGAACUGCUUCUACCCAGCGGCGCCAGUGCAACCAAACGUAACCGUACCAGCCGCAAACCCGUCUGGCGAACGAUCUACACGGAGUAAAAAUGUUGGUCCUGUCCGCUGCUGCGGCAUGCUUCGUUCAACACGUGUGCAAUGUUUAACCGAUAUUAGUGCGCAGAAGACGUGCCAGGUGUGUGCCAGAAUCCCAUACUCGUGUUUCCUCCAUGCAGCAAGGUUACUGUUGCAGAUAUGGUCGUGAUAUAGCCAGCGAACGCCACUCCUUCACGGGUCCAGGGCAUGGCGGUUUGUUUUCUUUGCUAGUAUUUUAAUGUACCUUUGGGUAUGUGUUUUCCUUUGCUAAUCUUCUAAUCUGUGUUUAUAGUUUUCUUUCUGUUUAGUGCGUAAGCGUAGUGCGUACUUUAGACGAUUUAGUGUGAUCCUCGUAUUAGCCAUUGCAAGCAGCAAGCAGUUUGUUUGAUAGGACCACCCAGUACUUCUGUCUGACCCUCGGUCCACACUGCCAUUCCAGUACAAUCUGCAACAAAGCAAAGUGCCCUACCCUGAAACUAUAACAAUAUACAUGAAGCAAAUCGUGGUAGAACCGGAAGGAUGCAAAACGUGUACCAUAACCAGCAAACGUUCCUCGAGGCUCGAAGUUGUCUUCAAGGAGGCUUUUUCGUAAUAGUUUGUUUAUUGCCAAAAACAAGAAGGGAAGGAAAAUAUCCGCUGCUAACAUGUUAACACUUGUGAGCCAUAAUCGCUCGGCAGACAGGGUAGAACGGCUAAUAGUUUAUAUAUGUUUUAAAGCUGAUUGAAGUGGCUCGAUGAAAUCAUACGCUUUAGCCCAGUCUUUGUCGUCGUCUCUUUGAGUAGCGAGUGUAAUUAGUUAGGUGUUAAUAAUUUAUCAUAUUUUGCGUAUGAGUUAAGUUGAUUAAAUUUUGCUAAUCAAGCGUACACGCGGCAGGGUAGUGAACACAUUGGAAAAAGGGCACGUGAAACAAAGCUAUGUACACCGAACCGAAUCGCUUAUCCGCUUCUAGUGCAUUUGAAUGCUAAUGAACUGAACGCACACAGACAUGGUGAGGUGUUAAGGUAUAUGAGAGGAAAAAGGAUUAAGCUGCUUCAUAUAAAAGCCCGGAAAAGUAGUUCCAUUCUUUUGAGGUUUUUAGCUAUACUUAAAUAGGUUCUUUUAUCCUUGAAAGCCAUAAUGCGUCACACACAAACUCCUUCAUAGCGCCACAACAUAGCGUGUGCAUUUUACAUUGCUUUCGUAGAAGCUUCUCAGUGAAGUGGUACUGUUACAAGAAAAAAACAAGAACCAUUGUAAAUUUUCUCAAAAAUCGGUUAGCAAUCGAUUUAUCACUCUUUUGAAAAAUUCUAUAACUCUACCCUGUAUGUUUUUGAUAGCAGAAAUCACAGAAAAAAAUGAAAGAAUAAUACCAAUUGUACAGCAUUUAGGAAGAACCGAUCCACAACGAGCAUCAUGCUUCUUAGCUGGCACACAGUUUCACGUAGCGAAAGCAGGGCGCGAACAUAAAUUGUGCAGUGGCAAAGUGAGCGACAAACAACCAAUAAUCUCAACCGAUAAAUUGCAUGAUAUGAUAGUAGUGAUCUGUAUACAGACUUAUUGAACAAAGAAACCCAACUCAACCAGUAUGAGCGUUGAGAUAAUCGAACACGUAA